AUGUUGCCCUUCAUCAGCAAGCCCUUCGAUCUCCUCGCACUGCGCCUCGGCGCAUCUUCCGACGAACUCAAACUUGUCUUCUCGUUCCUCAUAUCAUACCCUUUGGCUGGCCUCCUCAAACGAGUUCCUGAUGCUAGACCCGAUCAGAAGAACCUCUUCAUAAUAUGUACCUCUACCUUCUACCUAGUCGGUCUCUUCGACCUGUGGGACGGUGUGCGCACCCUCGCCAUCGCUUCCGUGGGCGUCUACUGCAUUACCAAGUACAUGCGCACUAGUCCCUUUAUGCCAUGGAUUGGCUUCGGUUUCCUCAUGGGCCACAUGUCCAUCAACCAUAUCGCUCGUCAAGUUGCCAACAACCCCUCCUCUGUCGAUAUCACGGGUGCCCAGAUGGUCCUUCUCAUGAAGUUAAGCGCAUUUUGCUGGAAUGUGGCCGAUGGCCAGCUCCCAGAAGAUCAGCUAUCUGAUUACCAGAAAGAGAGGAGGCUGGUUGAUCUGCCUGGUCUCCUGGACUAUGCAGGUUACGUUCUCUUCUUUCCCUCCCUCUUCGCUGGGCCUGCGUUCGACUAUAUCGAUUAUCGCAAAUGGAUCGACACAACAAUGUUCAACCUCCCCGCCCAGGUUGACCCCUCCAAAGCGCCUCCCGUGAGGAAGAAGAGAAAGAUUCCCCGCAGUGGCACGCCCGCUACCUUAAAGGCUGCCAGCGGCCUGGGUUGGAUUGGUCUUUUUAUGUUUCUUUCAAACUACUAUCCAAUCACCUAUUUGACGAGCCCCUCCUACGUGGACCAUGGUUUUCUUCACAGAAUUUGGAUUCUUCACAUGGCUGGUUUCACCGCUCGUUUGAAGUACUACGGUGUUUGGUGCUUGACAGAGGGCGCCUGCAUUCUGGCUGGCUUGGGCUACAAUGGUGUGGAUCCUGUCACCGGCAAGGUGUCGUGGAACAGGUUACAAAAUAUCAAUCCUUGGGGCGUCGAGACGGCUCAAAACACCCGCGCCUAUCUCGGUAACUGGAACAUGAACACCAAUAACUGGCUGAGGAAUUACAUCUACCUGAGGGUCACACCGAGGGGGAAGAAGCCUGGUUUCCGUGCAAGCCUUGCUACCUUCAGCACCAGCGCUCUGUGGCACGGCUUCUACCCCGGCUACUACAUGAGCUUCAUCCUUGCCAGCUUUAUCCAAACAGUGGCCAAAAAUUAUCGCCGCUACUUGCGAGCCUUUUUCAUCGAUCCCAAUAGUGGCGCGCCCACCUCUAGUAAGAUCUACUACGACAUACUCUCGUAUUUCGUCACGCAGGUGGGCAUGUCGUUUGUCGUCGCCCCUUUUCUCAUUCUCGAGUUCUCUGGGUCGGUGCAGGUGUGGGCUCGUGUCUAUUUCUACACCAUCGUGGGCACCAUGCUGUCCAUGGCCUUCUUUGCCUCGCCUGCCAAGCAGAUGCUGAAAAAGCAACUCGAGCAACGGCAAGGCAAAGCUGGCGCCAAGCUCACGCGCACCCUGAGUCAAGACAGUCUCUCAGGUCGAGAGCCUGUUUUGGGCGUGUCGGCGGAUCCACAGCGAGAGAUCGACGAGGCCAUGGAGGAAAUCAAGGCCGAGGUGGAGGCCAGGCAGAGGAAGAAGGCUGCCUGA